AAGCUCCGCCUCCCGGGUUCACGCCAUUCUCCUGCCUCAGCCUCCCGAGUAGCUGGGACUACAGGCGCCCGCGACCACGCCCGGCUAAUUUUUUGUAUUUUUAGUAGAGCCGGGGUUUCACCGUGUUAGCCAGGAUGGUCUCGAUCUCCUGACCUCAGGUGAUCCGCCCGCCUCGGCUUCCCAAAGUGCUGGGAUUACAGGCGUGAGCCACUGUGCCCGGCAUCCUUUUUUUUUAAUCAUGGUGGUACAUUCACUGAUUUCCCUUUUUACUGUGAGCCCUUUACGCUUGAUAACUACUGAGCAACUGUCACAGAUGCUGCAACUGUCAUAGGUUCUGCAAAUUUGCUUCUAGAUUCUUAAAUGCAUUUAGUUUACGAUGGCUUUAAGUAUUAAUCAUGGCUUCUGAUUCAAACCCAGCCUUUGAGGAUACUCUUCGAGCUCCAGUGUGGUGCUCUGCUCGUUACAACUUAGCAAUUUUGGCCUUUUUUGGUUUCUUCAUUGUGUAUGCAUUACGUGUGAAUCUGAGUGUUGCGUUAGUGGAUAUGGUAGAUUCAAAUACAACUUUAGAAGAUAAUAGAACUUCCAAGGCGUGUCCAGAGCAUUCUGCUCCCAUAAAAGUUCAUCAUAAUCAAACGGGUAAGAAGUACCAGUGGGAUGCAGAAACUCAAGGAUGGAUUCUCGGUUCCUUUUUUUAUGGCUACAUCAUCACACAGAUUCCUGGAGGAUAUGUUGCCAGCAAAAUAGGGGGGAAAAUGCUGCUAGGAUUUGGGAUCCUUGGCACUGCUGUCCUCACCCUGUUCACUCCCAUUGCUGCAGAUUUAGGAGUUGGACCACUCAUUGUACUCAGAGCACUAGAAGGACUAGGAGAGGGUGUUACAUUUCCAGCCAUGCAUGCCAUGUGGUCUUCUUGGGCUCCCCCUCUUGAAAGAAGCAAGCUUCUUAGCAUUUCAUAUGCAGGAGCACAGCUUGGGACAGUAAUUUCUCUUCCUCUUUCUGGAAUAAUUUGCUACUAUAUGAAUUGGACUUAUGUCUUCUACUUUUUUGGUACUAUUGGAAUAUUUUGGUUUCUUUUGUGGAUCUGGUUAGUUAGUGACACACCCCAAAAACACAAGAGAAUUUCCCAUUAUGAAAAGGAAUACAUUCUUUCAUCAUUAAGAAAUCAGCUUUCUUCACAGAAGUCAGUGCCGUGGGUACCCAUUUUAAAAUCCCUGCCACUUUGGGCUAUUGUAGUUGCACACUUUUCUUACAACUGGACUUUUUAUACUUUAUUGACAUUAUUGCCUACUUAUAUGAAGGAGAUCCUAAGGUUCAAUGUUCAAGAGAAUGGGCUUUUAUCUUCAUUGCCUUAUUUAGGCUCUUGGUUAUGUAUGAUCCUGUCUGGUCAAGCUGCUGAUAAUUUAAGGGCAAAAUGGAAUUUUUCAACUUUAUGUGUUCGCAGAAUUUUUAGCCUUAUAGGAAUGAUUGGACCUGCAGUAUUCUUGGUAGCUGCUGGCUUCAUUGGCUGUGAUUAUUCUUUGGCCGUUGCUUUCCUAACUAUAUCAACAACACUGGGAGGCUUUUGCUCUUCUGGAUUUAGCAUCAACCAUCUGGAUAUUGCUCCUUCGUAUGCUGGUAUCCUCCUGGGCAUCACAAAUACAUUUGCCACUAUUCCAGGAAUGGUUGGGCCCGUCAUUGCUAAAAGUCUGACCCCUGAUAACACUGUUGGAGAAUGGCAAACCGUGUUCUAUAUUGCUGCUGCUAUUAAUGUUUUUGGUGCCAUUUUCUUUACACUAUUCGCCAAAGGUGAAGUACAAAACUGGGCUCUCAAUGAUCACCAUGGACACAGACACUGAAGGAACCAAUAAAUAAUCCUGCCUCUAUUAAUGUAUUUUUAUUUAUCAUGUAACCUCAAAGUGCCUUCUGUAUUGUGUAAGCAUUCUAUGUCUUUUUUUAAUUGUACUUGUAUUAGAUUUUUAAGGCCUAUAAUCAUGAAAUAUCACUAGUUGCCAGAAUAAUAAAAUGAACUGUGUUUAAUUAUGAAUAAUAUAUAUGCUAGGACUUCUACUUUAGGUUCACAUACCUGCCUGCAAGUCGGGCAACAUGAAGUAGGACAGUUCUGUUGAUUUUUUAGGGCCAUACUAAAGGGAAUGAGCUGAAACAGACCUCCUAAUACCUUUGCUUAAUUAAACUAGAUGAUAAUUCUCAGGUACUGAUAAACACCUGUUGUUGUUCACUUUCCUCAUAAAAAUUGUCAGCUCUCUCUGACACUUAGACCUCAAACUUUAGCAUCUCUGUGGAGCUGCCAUCCACUGUAUAAUUUGGCCUGGCAACUGGACUGAGGGGAGUGUGCCCAGGCAGCUGCCAAGCACUACCUCCCUGGCUUCAGGGUCAGAGUGCCCAGCGUUUAUCAGAGGCAGCAUCCAAGCCCAGAGCCAGUGUCGACUCUUCGGCUGGUGCUUUUCCUCUGAGGGGCUAUCAAUGUGUAGAUAAAGCCCUGAGUAGGCAAGAGCAGUGAGAUCCACUGCUGUGGUCUUGAUACAUCCUCAAACUUUCCCUUCCCAGCACAGAGGAAUAUCGGCUGGCAUGCAACCUGCAAAAGAAAAAUGUGGAGGUUGCAGUGAACCAAGAUCACGCCACUGCACUCCAGCCUGGGCGAUGGAGCGAGACUCCAACUCAAAAAAAAAAAAAAGAAAAAAGAAAGAAAAGCGCGAUGCCCAGUCAAUCACAAAUAAGAUCAUCCUGGUUUAAAUCUACUCUCACAUGGAUCACAGUAUAAAUUUCUAUGUGCUGUGUUUUGUUUGUUUGUAUUUUGUAGAGAUGGGGUCUCGUUUUGUCGCCCAGGCUGGUUUUGAACUCCUGGCUUCAAGCGAUCCUCCUGUCUCGGCCUCACAAAGUGUUGAGACUACAGGCAUGAGCCACUGUGCCCAGCCUGUUCUAUGUUUUUAAGCUACAUGAGAAUUUUUUUUUUAAUUAAUUCUCACUGUUUGUUCAGUCUGUCUUCAUCUAAGUUUGUGUUGCAGCUUAAAGUUAAAGUGACUUUUAAAGGCCACAUCACCUGAGACUAGGGUAAUCAUCUUUACUUCUGGUUCCUGAAAUCAUAUUUUUCCAGUGGACCAUCCUCCAGUGGUUGUGGUUGUUGAGCAUGCUUUCAGAACACCUAUGUGGCUUAAAACUUAGUUUAUGUUUUGUGUUCAACACUACCUGUAAUAUUUUAAAACUGUUUAAUGUGAUGUGAAUACAUUUAUGUACAUUUAUUUUUAAAUUUGUAAAUAGCUUUAAAUUGCUAUGGCAAUGUUUCUUUUAUAAAUCAUCAAAAUAAACCUUUGUGAAUUGA